UAACGUUGUAAUUGUUUUAAAAUUUUGACAUGUAUUUUUACUACGAACGUAAUUUAUAAUUCUAUAUUACGAAUAUUCGGAGCAGAAUUUUACUACUUCGGAAUUGACAAUAUGGUAUUCGUAAUUUCCAAGGCCAUGAACGAAAUUCAUGAUAGGGCUUAGAAUUUCUCGUACAUAUAUCUAAACUUAGAAAAUUAAAAUUUUGCAACAUAUGAUUUAGGUACGUAAAUUUUUAAUUUGAAAUUUGUUUAUUGUGGUGGUAUCUAUUUUGCUUACGAAUUACAAACAAAAAAUCAAUUUGUUUACACAGGAAUCGAUAUGUAUGUUGUGUAGUGUAAACCAUUUUUGUAAGUGACCUUGUGUAAACAAGUAUCUAAAAACAAUUUGGUUACAAUCAACACUGAACAAACUGAACGCACCUAUAAAGUUGAAACCUUCAUGCAUAUAUACAAUAGAGAUUUUAAUUACAGUAAAGUGACCGCAAUAAAUGAGUGAAUAAUAAUGUUAAAACUAAUUAAUUUCACGAGAAAAUUUUCCAAAACAAUAAUAAAAUUAUCUGAGGAAGAGAAGGCUAAAUCAGCUUUUGUUGCCUCAGCACUAAAAAAUACAACAAUUUUUGAUAAAAUUAUCUCAAAAGAAAUAUCAGCUGAUAUUAUUUAUGAAGAUAGCAAAUGUUUAGCUUUUAAUGACAUAAAUGCGCAAGCUAAAGUACAUUUUCUUGUUAUUCCUAAGUGUAGAAUACCAAGGCUAGAAGAUAUGACAGAAAAAGAUUGUGAAGUGGUUGGACAUAUAAUGAAAAUUGCAAGUAAAUUAGGAAAAGAACGAUCACCAGAGGGAUUUAGACUUGUUGUAAAUAAUGGAGUCCACGGUUGCCAAAGUAUUUAUCAUUUACAUCUGCAUAUUAUUGGUGGACAACAGCUAAGUUGGCCACCGGGGGUAUAGUCUUAAUUUAAUUGCAAGACGAUUGUUAUUGUUAAAACAUAAUGCCUGUGUAGGUAUAUAAAACCAUGUUUCCAUUUAAUAUCUUAAUAAAUACAUA